AUGGUAGCAAAUACCGGUCAACCCGGCGAGCAUACUUUCUACCUCUACGUUCGAGAAAAGGACACACGAGCAGAGCUAUGGGAGGGAGCAAGGUCAGGGACACAGGCAGCCAUGGAUGUAUUCAACGCUGACGAGUCUGGCGACAUCGACCAUCUAAAAGACUACCUACCGGAAAUCCUAUCUGGCGCAUCAGAGAUAUACACUGACAUCAGCGCUGGACGAGGCCGUUCGGCGUUUUCCCGCUUCAUAUCCAGCUUCUCUGACUCCGCGAGUUCAGCUAGUGACGCAAGAGAAGAAGCCAUGGAAAAGAUCAGGCCGUUGUCUCCGAUAAUUAACGAACUCCGCGUGUUCAAGAGUGAUGCUGAGAUCGCGAAUAUGAGACAUGCAGGACGUGUGACUGGUCGAGCAUUUACCGAAUCUAUGCGCCAUGGUUUUGGCACCGAGAGUGAACUUGAUGCCUUUUUGGAGUACCAGUUUCGUCGUCAGGGCGGCGAUGGGACGGCGUUCGUGCCCGUCGUUGCUGGUGGAUCGAAUGCGCUGAGUAUACAUUAUGUUCGGAAUGAUAAUGUGUUACGGUACGUGCCUUGGCUGCUUGUGCAAUACGCAGGAUACAUCUCAGACGUGACGAGAGUAUGGCCGGUAAACGGCAAGUUUACUCCUGCGCAAAAAGAACUAUACACCGCCGUCUUGAAUGUACAGCGGUCAUGUAUAUCUCUGUGCCGCGAGUCAGCCGGUCUAUCACUCGACAAGAUCCACGAUAUAGCUGAGCGAAGUCUUCGAGAACAACUAGACUCUAUUGGUUUCAAUACCUCUGGCGGUCUACAGGCCAUGCGAACUCUUUUCCCUCAUCAUGUAGGCCAUCAUAUCGGCCUUAGCGUGCACGACUGCGGUGGCUACUCGAGGCAAGAAAUGCUGCGGAAGGGCCAGUGUAUCACCAUUGAACCGGGUGUCUACGUACCGAAUGACGAACGUUGGCCCGAGAAGUUCCGUGGCAUCGGCAUCAGGAUAGAGGAUAGCAUAUGUGUGGGAGACGACAACCCCAUUGUCCUGUCCCCUGAAGGAGUCAAAGAGGUAAGACUUGUUGUCAUCACUGUCAGAUAA